UAUUUAAAUGCCAGAGUGCCGCUGUCAAAACAGAAGAGCGGUGCGCAACAAUAUGAUGGACCUUUUUGAGACCAACACUUAUCUUUUCAAUGAUUUGCGCUAUUUAGAGGAAGCGGAUCAUGGACCACUGCAGCACUUGGACAUGGCGGGGGUGUCCCCUCUGUACAACGACACCGACAGCCCGCUGUCCCCGGGCCAGGACAACGUGCCGUCGGAGACCGGGGGGGAGAGCAGUGGGGAGGAGCACGUCCUUGCGCCCCCGGGGCUCCGUGCGCACUGCGAGGGCCAGUGCCUCAUGUGGGCCUGCAAGAUCUGCAAGAGAAAGUCGGCGCCCACGGACAGGCGCAAGGCCGCGACCCUCCGGGAGAGGAGGAGGCUGAAGAAGAUCAACGAGGCCUUCGACGCGCUGAAGAGGAAGACGGUGGCCAACCCCAACCAGAGGCUACCCAAGGUGGAGAUUUUACGCAGCGCCAUCAGCUACAUCGAGAGGCUGCAGGACCUGCUGCAGACGCUGGACGAGCAGGAGAAGCACGGCUCUGCUUUUAACACCAAGGAACACAACCUGGGCCUGAACAGUGGGAUAAUCACCAGAGAUGUCAUUCUUUUUCCAUCAAGAUUGCUUUAUGUUUGCAAAAAUCUCAUGAAUGUGCAGGUGGCCGGUGAAGAGUACAGCUGGAAGAAGUCCUCUGAGACCUGGCCGACCUCUGCUGACCAUUCCACUGCAGCAUUGAACCAGAGAGAAGGAACUAGUGAUUCUUCUGCAUCCUCCAGCCUCCUCCGUCUGUCCUCCAUCGUGGACAGCAUCACCACCGACGACAAGAUCAACUUCUCUGAGGAUGUCUCGGAAAACUGAAGCCACGGCGAAGAGCUUAACUUGGAAGCCCUCUUGAUAUUUUCAAAUUUCCAUUGUUUCUCUCUAAAUUAUUUCCACUUUGUCCAACCAUUCUGGCUUCUCUUUGUUCCGAAGUCCUCGUUUGUACAGGGAGAGCAGCGAAUUUGUACAUAUUUUAUAGCGACAUGAUGUAUUUAUUUUGUGUUCGAAAGCUAACAACUCCUUUGAGAAAGCUGAGAUUUUAUUUAAAUAUUUGUACAUAGCUGACCAGCAAAAUAAACUACACUGUUAUACUUUU